AAACACCAACAUCUCAUUCCUUACCGCCACACACGUGUUUGUCUAUGCACGUUUAAUUUUCAUUUCUUCGCGAAAUACUGAAACCUACAAUGGCUGACGUUGCUGUAACCACGAGUGCUGAGGUCCAGGAAGAGGUGAAGAUAGCCGAGGUGCCGGCCGAGGAGGUGGAGGCCAAGAACGGCGCUGCCAAAAAGGAACCGGCCCCGGCGGCCGAAGAAGGCGGCGAACUCUCGAAGCAGGAGCGCGCCAUUAUCCGGCAGGUGGAGUACUACUUUGGCGACGCCAAUCUCAACCGGGACAAGUUCCUGGGCGAGCAGAUUGCCAAGAACGAGGAGGGCUGGGUGCCUCUAAGUGUGCUGAUCACCUUCAAGCGCCUGGCCGCGUUGACCACGGACCUUGAUGAAAUUAUCGCUGCGUUGAACAAGUCCGAGGAGGGUCUGAUCCAGAUUAGCGAGGACAAGCAGAACCUUCGCCGCCACCCGGAGCGUCCCGUUCCCGAGCACAACGAGGAGCGUCGCAAGGAGAUCCAAGAACGCACUGCCUACGCCAAGGGCUUCCCGCUCGACUCUGAGAUGAGCGCUUUGUUGGACUUUGCCAAUGCCUACGACAAGGUGGUUAACUUGACCAUGCGCAAGCAUUUACAAGCCAACCAAUCGUACAAAUUCAAGGGCAGCAUCUUCCUAACCUUCGAGACCAAGGAGCAGGCCAAGAGCUUCCGACAGGAGAAGAUCACCUACAAGGAGCGCGAGUUGAUCCGCAAGUGGCAGGUGGACUACCUAAAGGAGAAGCAGGAGGAGUUCGCCAAGAAGAACGAAAAGCGCAAGAACAAAAAGGAGGCGAAGCCUGAGCCGGCCUUUGAGCUGCCCAAAAAUGCCAUUGUGGUCUUCGAGGGAGCUCCGGAGUCCUCGACCCGCGAGGAGAUCCGCGAAGCUUUCGAAAAGGUUAGCGAUUUCGAGAUUGCCUACAUUGAGUUCAGCAAGGGCGAAACCAAGGGCUCAGUGCGUCUAACCGAAGAGGAUACGGCCGAGAAGUAUAUCGCCAAGGUCGAGGAGGGCAAGCUCAAGUUCAACGAUGAAGUCUCCCUGACUCUCCGCAAGGCCACCGAGGAGGAGGAGAAGGAGUUCCUGGACAAGGCCAUUGAGUUUAUGAAGAAGCGCCGCGACUUUGCCCGCAACAAGGGCAAGCGUUUCAACCGCAAGCGUCACGGCGGUGCCCAUGACCACAAGCAUCGCAAUAAGAAGGCGCGUGAGGAUUAACACCUCAUCCUUUCAUCCCGAGUCCCCCUUCCCAUGCAGUUGACCA